AUGGGGUCCGAACCCAGUUUGGUAGCUGAGCCUGUACAAGUUGUUACUGUUGAUGUUCAAGCAACUAAAGACCUCCUCCAUUCCGGCCCUUACCGCUAUCUUGAUGUCAGGACGGAAGAAGAGUUCAAGAAUGGCCACGUUGAGAAUGCUUUGAACAUUCCUUACAUGUUCAACACCCCUGAAGGUAGGGUAAAGAAUCCCAAGUUUUUGGAGCUGGUCCUGUCAGUGUGUAGGAAGGAAGAUCAUAUUGUUGUGGGCUGCCAGAGUGGAGUUAGGUCUGUAUAUGCAACCACUGAUCUUCUUAAAGCUGAUUUCAAGCAUGUGUUUAACAUGGGAGGAGGCUAUAUUGACUGGGUGAAAAAAGGGUUCGCUGUGAAGAAGCAGGUUGGAGAAGCAGAUGCUGCAGAACUCUGA